AUGACACCCUCAGGAAGAAUGCAUUUACUGAGAUCACACCGUCGUAUUUCAGAUUCUACAAAAGUACUUACAAAACAGUUGGGUUCGGUUAAUAUUCCCAUUAAUCAGAAGGUAAGUAUUUUCGAGGUGCAAUCCGGAGGAAUGGAUAAAAUCGGUUUUAUCAAAAAAGAUAUGUACAAUCUUGAAUGUAGUGUGAAUGGGAAGCUGAGGAACCACGAUGUUGAACUAGUGACCGAGUAUUUUAUGGCUGAACAGAAAAAAAAUGAGGCUUUUUAUUUCAAGAUUGAGGGAGAUGGCGAUAACAGGUUUAGUCGAUGUUUUUGGGCAGAUGCAACUUCUAGACGGGCGUACGGGUUUUAUGGAGAUGUUGUUGUAUUCGAUACCACAUUCAACACGAAUAGAUACGACUUGACAUUUGCACCAAUGUUGGGAGUUAAUAACCAUGGUCAAACAAUUGUCCUAGCAUGCGCAUUUUUGAGCAAGGAAACGACUGAGUCGUUUAUUUGGAUGUUUGAGGAGUUUAAGAAAGCCAUGCCAGGUGGCGAACCUAAAACGAUCAUCACAGAUCAAGAUGCGGCAAUGAGCAGAGCGAUUUCAAUAGCCUUCCCGACUACAUUUCAUCGACUUUGCAUAUGGCACAUCACAUCAAAGUUCUCUGUUAAGUUACCACAUUCUGCUUAUAAGGAGUAUUGGGGUGAAUUCCAGAAAGCCAUAUGGGAUACUGACAAUAAGGAUGAGUUUGAUGCAAAAUGGAAUAUUGUGGUUACAAAGGCUGGUUUGACUGACCAUCCAUGGCUAAGUUCAAUGUUUGAUUUAAGGGAAUCUUGGGUUCCAGCCUACGCACGACACUUUUUUGCCGCUGGAAUGUCAAGCAGCCAAAGAGCAGAAUGUUCUCAUGGUUUCUUCAAGCAAUACAUAUCAAGGAGAAAUUCGUUGAUGGAUUUCAUAAUAAGAUUUGAGAGGGCACUUUCUCAUCAACGUCAAAAAGAGUUAGUUGCUGAUCACGUAGAUGCAUUUGAAGUGGCUCAAUGUAUUCUACCGAUGCCAAUGAACAAACAAAUGGCUACCUUGUACACAAGGACAAUGUUUCAAAAGUUUGAGCAAGAACUAAUACAAAGUACAGCAUGUUUCCUAGAGCUGAAAACAGAGGAUGCUUCUAAAGUUGUCUUUAAUGUGAGCGAAAGGAAAAAUUGGGGAAACAAGAGUGGCAGAAGUCGUAUAUGUCAAAGAUUCUGA